UGUUAAAAAUAAGGAGCGAAAGCGAAAGGUUGAAGCAUGAAAAGCAAAGAAGAGAGGAAAAAAAGGAGAUAGGGCUAUAUAAGAAGAUUGGUAGUUGGCGCAGAAAGUUAUUGAGAAAAUGGAAUUGGAAGCAGUGAAGAGGUACUUAGAGAAAGGUGGAGUAACAGCAUCGCUCAUCGAUGACUUGCCACCCAGGUUUCUCGAACCCUUAGUUAUGAACUCCCUUCAAGUCGAUCUCAUCGAACCCGGUCGCAUCGUUUGCUCUAUGAAGAUUCCUCAACGUUUACUCAAUGCCGGGAAUUCGUUACACGGCGGCGCCACCGCUGCGCUGGUGGAUGUGGUGGGCUCGGCUGCGAUUCCCACCGUUGGGUAUUCUGCUCCCAACACGGGGGUCUCCGUCGAGAUCAAUGUUUCCUACUUGGAUGCUGCCUAUGCCGAUGUAUUUCACUUUCUAACCCCCUUUUUUUUUUUUCCUUCUUCAGUGUUUGUGAUUUGUGAUGCGAAUGAUUUGUUUUUUUGGCUUUAUAGGAUGAUCUGUUUACUUGAUGGGUGAAUCAUGAUUAUGGGGUUGGGUUUCUCUAUUGCUCUUCACGAGCUGUAUUGAAUAAUUGGGUAUAUUGUAGAGAAAAAAUUGGGAGUUCCAUGUGAAGAAGACUUUAGUUUAGUAAUAAGGGUAGGGGAAAAGGAACUUGAUUUUUAAUUUUUCAGAUUUUGAUGCUAAAAUAUAGAGUUUUAGACCAAAUUUGCUGUUACUCAAGUUUUGGAUUUAUUAGCCACCUUUCUUUAAUUAUGUAUAUGUAUGUUCGGUAUUAAUGACGAUCUGAUAGUGAUAUCUAACUAGUAAUUUGAGGAGUGGAAUGUAGGAAGUUCUUUUAGUGAUUUCAUAGAUUGGAUUUUGUG